AUGAAUUUACUAUCCACCCAGCUGGAUGGCGACGAUCCAAGCCACGACUCACAAGCGCCUCUUCUUUUGGGUGUAUGUGGUAGUCUGACAUGUCUCGCCGUUUUGAUUUUUGGCGCAAGACUUUGGUCUAGAUUACGGCCAACGCUGAAGCUGCAUUUGGAAGACUGGACGGCAGGGGCAGCAACGAUCCUCGCCGUAUCAAUGUACAUCAUCGUCUGCCUAGCGUGCGAGUACGGCUUUGGGCAACGUUCCAUACAUGUCUCUGCAGCCUCACGAUCGGCCGCCAUGCGCCUAAUCUUCAUCUGCCAAUUAGUCUGGAACUUCGCAAUUAAUCUAGUCAAGAUUUCCGUCGCCCUCCUCCUUUUCCGUCUCAAAGAAUCACGAGCCUGGCGCAUCUUCCUCGCAAGCACGAUUGUACUUCUCAUCCUCACAGCGACUACUUCAACAUUCUUCCAGUUCCUACAGUGCCGCCCGUUUAGCGUAUACUGGGACCCAAGUGUACUCUCAAAAGGCAAGGUGGAAUGCAUUUCUCACGAAGCAAUCACUGGAAACAUCGUCGCGACAAGUGCUAUCCAUAUUUCGACCGACCUCAUCUUCUCCUUCAUACCCAUCACCUUUAUCAGCAGACUAAACAGACCGCUUGCUGAGAAGAUCUUCCUCACAGCCAUGAUGGCUCUCGGACUCUUCGCCUCAACUUUCGCCAUCUUGCGCAUCGCCGCUGCAAACUUGAUAUACACGUCUCCCGACGUUUUCCGCACAACUGUCGGGCCUACAUUGUGGUCGAUGUUGGAACUUGAGAUUGGUCUCCUUGCAGCGACAAUCCCGACGCUGAAGAACUUUAUGCAACGCUCGCUUGUGCGACUCGGCCAUUUCUUCUACGAGGAACAGACGGAGGAGCAGGUGCGGAAUCGACUUGUGCAGUUGGGCUACUUGAGAUCGGAAGAAGAGGAAUGUGAUGGCACAAGUUUGAAGUCGUCGAAAUUGGAUUUUGACGCAGAGAGCAUCGGUCCGAAGACGUUGAAGAAGGAGCAAGACGAAUAUGUUGUCACGGUCAAAGAACUCAGUGCAGCUGACCAAGAAGCAAAAGCCAUGAAGAGGAUGCGGGAAUUCGUUUUCACUUGA